AUGUUAUCGGAACCUUUGUCGAGGCGGCGCAAAUUCGAAGUCGUGUGGGAUAACAUGAGACACCACUAUCGCUCGAAGAUCGCCACGAUCCACGUUCAGGAUCUGGAUCACUUGACCAGGCUAAAUCACGGGAUUGAUGCAGUGGAUCCUAGCUUACAGUACUCUUCGGAAAUACGAAAUCAACGGAACAUACACCACGUUGAUUACAGUCUUUCGGAGUAUGCGAGCGAUAAUCCCGAGGAAAAAGACAUCGUCAGAGCAACGACAGAUAAUCGAAAUUUAGAUGUAUUGUGGGUUCAGAUAAGUGAGGCAAUCUGGGAAAUACAAGCGCACGAGGACUUCACGGAGCCCGAAGGUUUGCAGAGGGAGCAGUUGGAGAUGGAGAACCGCUACUACGAUGCGAAAUCGUUUCUGGCGGAGAAAGUGGGAGAGGUUCAGAAUAAUUCCGUCCAGAACCAGUCGACUCGUCCUGGAGAUGUCACUCUACGUGGUGGUAUGGAUCACGUUCGCCUACCUCAAAUCCAGCUGCAGAGUUUCGACGGCAACAUUGACGACUGGCUCAGUUUCAGGGAUCUCUACACGUCUCUGAUCCACGAGAAGCAAGACCUACCCGAUGUGGAGAAAUUUCACUAUCUCAAGGGGUGCUUAGCAGGCGAAGCUAAGGCACUAGUCGAUCCGCUUAAGAUCACGAGGGACAACUACCAGGUUGCGUGGCAGUCGUUGCUGAAACGCUACAACAACAGCAAGCUUUUACGAAAGAAGCAAGUUCAGGCUCUCUUCAAACUGCCGUCCUUCACCACGGAGUCAAUCGCGGAUCUCCACAGGCUGGUCGAUGGGUUCGACCGUGUGAUUCUGACCCUGGAUCAGAUCAUCCAACCAGCCCAAUACAAAGAUCUGUUGCUGGUCAAACAUCUAAGCGCUAGUCUCGACCCGAGCACACGUCGAGGAUGGGAGGAGCACUCGUCGACGAAGGAGCAGGACACCAUAAAGGACUUGCUGGAGUUCCUGUAG